CGCGCAGCGCCGGGCGCGGAGCGGGAGCGGCACCAGGCCCGGCCAUGGUCGGCCGGGAGAAGGAGCUCCGGAUUCGCUUCGCGCCGGGCCGCUGCGAGCUCGUCGAGGAAGAUGUUGACGUUCCCAGUAGGCGAGUUUUGAUCACUGGUGCUACGGGACUUCUUGGCAGAGCUGUGUUUAAAGAAUUCCGUGAAAAUAACUGGAAUGCAGUUGGCUGUGGAUACAGGAGAGCUCAGCCCAGAUUUGAACAGAUUAAUCUUCUGGACUCUAUUGCAGUUCAUGACAUUAUCCAUGAUUUUCAGCCUCAUGUUAUAGUGCAUUGUGCUGCUGAAAGAAGGCCAGAUAUUGUAGAAAGUCAACCAGAUGCUGCUUCUCAGCUCAAUGUGGCUGCUUCAGCAAACUUGGCAAAAGAGGCAGCUGGAGUUGGAGCGUUCCUGAUCUACAUUAGUACAGACUAUGUGUUUGAUGGAACAAGCCCUCCUUAUAAAGAGACUGAUGUACCAAAUCCCCUGAAUUUAUAUGGUAAAACCAAGCUGGAGGGUGAAAAGGCAGUCCUGGAAAACAAUGAAGGAGCUGCAGUACUUAGGAUUCCUGUCUUGUAUGGAGAGGUAGAAAGACUGGAGGAAAGUGCUGUGACUGUUAUGUUUGAUAAAGUACAGUUCAGUAAUAAAUCUGCCAACAUGGACCACUGGCAGCAGAGAUUUCCUACCAAUGUCAAGGAUGUAGCAGCUGUUUGCAGACAACUGGCAGAGAAGAGAAUGAUGGACCCAUCAGUAAAAGGAACAUUUCACUGGUCUGGCAAUGAGCAGAUGACUAAGUACGAGAUGGCCUGUGCAAUUGCAGAUGCUUUCAACCUCCCCAGCAGCCACUUGAGACCAAUUACUGACAGUCCAGUUGUGGGUGCUCUUCGCCCCAGGAAUGCUCAGCUGGACUGCUCCAAGCUGGAGAUGCUGGGGAUAGGCCAGAGAACACCAUUUCGAGCUGGGAUCAAAGAGUCACUUUGGCCUUUCCUUAUUGACAAGAGAUGGAGGCAGACAGUCUUCCAUUAGUUUGUAACUUUUUUAGUAAAAGUAUGCUAUGUGGCACUUUUUUAAAAGAAAAAAAUAGUUUUGUAUGAGUGUUCUUAAAUUGUGACAUUUAUGAGCUUUCAUUUAAUCGGGUAAACAAAUGGUCUUGCACUAGUGAAACUGUUAGCCUAAAAAAAGUUCAGUGACAAGAACUGAGCCUAUUUGAUGUCAUGCAUCUCUCCUUCCAUUUGUACCAGUCUAACUUAAUAUCUGUUCCAGGCAGAUUGAGGUUCUUAGUAAUCAGUGCCAUGUGAUGCUAAGAAUCACUUCACUUGCUGACUUACUUUUGGCUGAACUAUGUUGUUGAUGCUUAAGAUCUGUGUCAUUGUUGUAUAUACCAUUUCUCCUCAUUAAAAGACAUGGUCGGUUACUUUAUUAUCAAAAAUUCGAGUUUUUUGUUUUUAACUUCUGCAGGUGGUGUUCUUAGGGAGUUAAGCUGAAGUAGGAAUAGUUAAAUACUUGUUUUGCUUGAGCUCUGAUCAAAAUGUUUUUUAAAAAAGUGAAACCUUAUUUUUGCAAUUAUCAAGUGUACUUUUUAUGCUUGAAAUAUUUUCAGAAUGUUCUGUAACUCGAAUGCCUGCAGCUUUGUAUUUGUACAGUAAGUUGUAUGCAUUUGUUUAAACGGUGACUUGUAAAAGCUAGAAGGGGGUGGGGAGGGUGGGGAAUAGUUUUGACCUGGGGUUUUUUUUGGGUGGGGGACUGGAGUUGGAGGAUUCCUUUUUUUUUUUUUUUUUUUUUGACUGGGUGGGUGGUUGUUUUUCUUACAAAAGCAUAAAAUAUCUUCAUCUUUCUCUUUUUGGGGGGCAGUAUUUGGGAUUGGUUAAGCUGAUGGGAAGAAUUUGUUUGUUAGUUGAUACAGUGAGAUGGAGAGGAAAGGUGUUUAAGAAUUUGUAGCACUGCGGCUUCUUUUGCACAGACUGUCAGACCUUGCACUGAUGCAGCUUGUUCUGGAACAGCAAAGUGCUUGUGUUGAAGGUUUGCAGCAUAAUAAUGUAACCACAAUAGUCUAAUAUAAGUCUUUAGUCUGCUUAAGUCUUAUCUUUAAAGCUGGACUCAAUAGCCAGGUAAAGUGGAGGAAGAACACGUUUGUAAAGGUUUGCUUUCUUCUGAAGUUGUAGAAUUAACAAUAUAAAUGUUCUUCUAUUGGCAGGAGGUUAUUAGGAAAGCCAAUAAAAGGUGCAGUUGAAUGAUCAUUUAUUUUUCUGAGGCUUAAAUAAAGGAGGAGGGAAAGAUGUUCAGAUUUAAUUUGAAAAAAAAAGAAGGGGGUUGAGGGGAGACACACAAAAAUAGACCAACUGAAGGUCUUGUAAAGGUGAGCUUUAUGUUCAGUCAUUUAAUUUCAACUGGCAUAUGCUAAGCAUUCAUAAUCCCAAUUUGUUUUUAGUCUGAAGUCCUGUUAUACACAUGGUAAUUUAUCUCCAAAAUGACAAUAAAUAUAUAUUGCCAGCAUGAGAAACAGUAGUUGAUUCUUUCUUUACCAUUAGGAUUUGUUUAUCUGGAUCAUAAAUAUUUGCAGUUCUUCUUGAAAUCUCUGUGCCGUUUCAGUGUUGGUUUUUUUCCUCUCUUUAUUUCAGUAACUAUUUCCAGAGUCAGAUUAGGUGAGAUCAGUUUCUCUGACAAUGUGUCACUGCCUUGGGGAUGUGAUAAAUGUACACACAAAAGGUACAGAAGGUUUUGAAAAUAUGAGCCUGAAACAUCCUGGGCCUCAGUGCUGGAUCAGGAAGAUUCUGAGUACACCUCCUCCCCUCGCAGGGAACAGUUUGCCCAGGAAGGAAGAAAGAUGAUUUCUUUCCCAAACAUAAAGCACCUGAUUGGGAUGAGUUGGGCAUUUUACUGGCAGGAGGGAAUUGCAAUUUUUGAAUUUUAUUUUCCACACUGAGCAAGUGAGUCAGUCCCAGUCCUAGUGCUGUAAACACUGAACUGUGACAGUGCACAGUUUUGACAAUUCAAAGUUUAUUUUGAAGUGCAAG